CAGUAAGAGUGUGAGCCAUGUUGGAUGUGAGUGAAGGUGAGGAAAGAUGCUGCCGCUGCCGCCGCCGCCGCCGCCGCCGCGCACCUCCUGACGCACACAGCCCCAGCAUCACGCACCACAGCGGGUAGAUGCCAACUCUCCAGGCCGAGGAAGAGACGGGGCAGCCUGUGGGAAGGGUUCGGGCGGUGCCGACGCUCCAAGAAGUGCAGUGGAGGAGAGAGAAGUGACUGGGGAAGAAGGGAAGACGGUCUCUUUGGUGAGAGAGGUGGAGGACGAAAAAGGAGGAGAGAGACUGAGAAAGGAAGAGACUAAAUGGCUACACGGCUACCGGGCUUCACCCCGCUCUCGCCUCUGGGUCUUCACCUGCUUCUCCUCCUCGGCUCUUUGUUCGCCUUCACCCCGCGGACGGCGAAUGCAGCGGUGGCUUCCGACCUGAGGACCCCCGGCCCCCGCCACUGGGAUGCCGGUAAAGGGAGCGAGCGGCGUGACCAAGAAUGGGAGCCGCCGGGGGACAGCAGGACACAGCCGCGGGGAGGAGAACGAGGAGCGGCGGGAAAGAUGCCGGGGGCACGAAACGAGGCACGGGAAGGAGUCGGGACGUUUUGGAGGCGCAGGGAAGACCCCCCGAUACGACCUCGUCAUUUCCUCUCCGGCGUGACACACAGGAGCCGCUCUGAAUGGGGGGUGGAGAAGGGCGUUGUUCCGCCUUCCACCUCGGCCGCUUUCAGGUGCUCGCCGGUUCGGAGUGGUAAAAAACGGACAGUACAAAGGACUACCGGAGCGUGCGCGCAGUCACGGCCACACCUAACUCAACGUGGUGCAGCAAUGGCCUUUGUGCUAGCAUUUGGCCUGCGCGACGCAUCCGGAAGUAGAGGAAUGAGUGGCGGAGGGGUGUGGGAGAGGGCUCGUAAGGUGAGGAGACUCGGAGCCCCCUCCACGCAUCACAAACCAUCACCAGACCCCGUGCCUUUUCGCAUCCUUACUCUUUUUGGAUACAUUUCAACGUGGACAAAGACCUCUAACAAUACAUUUGAAUUACACAAUUCAAUUUGGACCCAAGCAUUGAAAGUGGUUGACGUUCCAAAUUUCCCUGCAUACAAUGUUUUCCAGCAUUCGAGUUAUCAGUGCCAAAAGGCAUAUGAUGACGAGGUUGAUGAUGAUGGCGGUAGUGGCAGUAUGGUCAGGAGAGCUGGUAGUUGUUCUCAUUUGGGCAGGCACAGUGUUAUCGACCCAAGCAAUAUCCAAGUGGGGGCUGAGGGAGGCUGUUGGACUGAACGAGUCAGGGGGGAGAGGGAAGACUGGUUGGGGAGGGAGGCAGAAGACCUAUGUAGUGCACCGGCAACGUUUAGGUAUCGAGGAAAGGGGCUGAUAAUGAGGGGAAAGCGGAAGUUAUAA